AUGUCAAUAUACCCCCUGAAGGUGGACCCUACCUCCUUGCUGUUGACCAAUUUCAUUUUUUCCAUCUCCCCUGACCGAACUGAAGAAGGAGGCGAGCGGAGGGCGGGGACAUGUGCUAGGUAUUGGUUUGAGGAAGAAUAUGUGGUGUUCCUUCUUGAUAAUGGUUAUCUACCAUCAGCUGCUUCUACCAUUGCACCAGCUUCGACAACUGAAGUUCCUGAGCUUGUUGGAAAAAUUGAUAGCUUAGAGCAGAGUCUGAACAAGGUGAAGGAAAUGGUUGGCAAGAACAGGGAAGGCAUGGGAAGCUGCAUUUGUCUUGUCUGUGGUUGUCUGAAUGUAACAUUCCUGGUGCUGGCCAUUCUUUUGGUUGUAAUUGUAAUGUUGAAGUAG